GGGACGCGGAUAGUUUUUUUCACUCCGUGUCUGGAGUUCUUGACAGUGUGCGGGGAGAAAGGGAUGUUCGAGCGGAUGAACUACAAACUUAAGCCCCUUACAGCUCCUCGGACGGCCGCUGGACGCUGCUGACACUCGGGCCGGCCAGCUCAGCUGCAGUUUGCGCCGUAAACCCUUGGCUCGCCUCCUGUUUGUGUCUUUUGGAUUAACAAAUGAAGAAAUAGUACCAAAACAACCUUCAACGAGCCCACUUCAAAGCAAGAAGGACAACGUGUGAAAGUCCCGUCCCCAUACAACAGAAAAAAGAUAAAGCAAUAAAAAAGUAAGACUGAUAACUAAAAUAAAACAUGAGAUCACAGAAGAAACAGAGAGGACGCUCUCCGCUGUCCACACGGGGAAAAGGCAGGAGAAAACAAGACAAACAAAACCGACAGUCACAAGCCACGCCUGCUGUAGCGUCAUCACGCAAACAUACUCCGGCCAAGUUGGACACUUCUAAAGGGAAGACGGACAAGAGGAACAGCGCGUCAAGGAGGGAGGGCCUAAAAGGGCAGAUGAAAGGACUGUCAGUGGAGGUAGAUCAAGCUGAGCAGGUUGUAGUCAGGGUCAAUAAGAUGACUUGCCCUAAAAAUGCUAACUCCAAUGUGCAUAACCUUAAUGUGGCAAACAGUAUGGCCAGCAGCCCUGUCCCAAACAGCACAGUUAGCAACCCUGUCGCAAACAGCACAGCCAGCAGCCCUCUCACAAACAGCACAGCUAGCAACUCAAUUAACACAAACGUGGCAGCCAAUGGCUUAAACAAAAGUACCUCUGUCAACACCAACCACAGUCCCACCACACCCUCCAGUCGGAAAACAGCUACCUUCAAAGCCAGAGUGCCCAAGAAAAAGUACAUGUAUGAACACGGAGCUGUCAGCACCUCCCCUAUCAGUCCGACCCCUGUACCUUCACUUGCACUUAACAGCAAUCACCUCAGUACGCUUUGUAACCCCAUUUCCGCUAAUAUCCCCCCAAAAGCAAGUAAUGCCAUUAUUAAGGAAGACAGUGUUGUUGUCUCUACAGACGUGAAUAUCAAAGAAUUAGGAGACAAUAAGACAGGCACAGAAUCUUCAAAGCUUAAUUGUUUAGCUUGGGUAGAGGCUGUGAAAGAUGAAGUGCCAUCUGAAGGAGAAAGGGUGGUUGCACAAGUGGAAACAGAUGCAUAUGGGGAGGGUGCCCCGAACUCAGCUCGUUCAUCUUCCACAGAUACAGCCAGUGAACACUGUCCAGAUUUGGAGGUGCUGGAGCCGACUAGUGUGCAUCCAAAUAUAGGGAUUUCUUUGAGUAUAGCAAGAAGUCCUGUAAACAAGUCACCAAUCCUACCUCCGAUCCUCACCUCAAACAACCAUUUUGAGCAAGAAGAUUUUUCAGGAAUAGCUGAGGCACUGGCUAAAGGACUAAAGAACCAGAGAGUGCUAGUUCGACAUCAGCGAACAAAGGAGGGGAUGGAGGGAGAAGAGCCGAUCAAGGAAUGUGUGUUUAUCUGCGGUGUUGUACGUGGGGCUACUAAAGAGCAGCUGAAUGUAGGGUUACAGAUUAACGGGGUGGAGACACAGCUUUUGUUCCCAUUUCAAGCAUUAGCAAGUCACCCACACCAAACUAUUGACCUCAUCUUAGACGCCCCGCCACCGGGCAGUGACCCUGUGGAAGUUGGGACGCAUGUUUGUGUGCCUUAUGGAGGAGAUAAGGGGAAGGAGGUGUACAGGGAAGGAGUGGUCUCACAUGUGGAUUCCCAUCCAGCUGUUGCUUGCCCCUACAGGGUGCUACUGAAGGAAGAGCAGAAUCGUAGGAAACCAGGGAACAAGAUGGCUGAGGCACACCAGAGAACGGACAUUCAAGCAGUGUGGGUAUCCCGACAGAACCUGCGUCUCGUUGUCCCGGCCUGGGAGGGGGAUGUGCAAGAGCAGGAACAAAACAGGGAGGAAAGAGAAGGGAAGGAGGAGAUGGAGGUGGAGCGAGAAGUGUGCCAGCUUAGUAGGGGAAUGGGUUUUGGAGGUGCAGGGCCACCUCCAGGGAGGAAUACUGAGCUCUCAAAUCCUGAUGUUGGGGGUAAACAAUAUAAUGGUGCAUCACCUCCUUCAUCUGCAUCUUUACCAGCAGUUCUGAUAGUAAACAGUGUGCCAAGUCUGCCCACUGGAAGAGAGAGUCGGAGGCUCGAGGAUACAGAGAGAGAGAGAGAAAGAGCAAGAGAAAGAGACAGGGAGAGAAAGCAACUGCAGACACCAGAGGUUGACUUGGAAGUUUUACGGCUUAAUCUGGCACCUCUCCAAGAUGCUGGAGGUACCUUGAUCUCAGGAGUGCCCAAAGCAGCUGGCCCCAUUCAACACAGACAGAUUCUCUCUAAGCCUCCUGGACACUCAGGCUCCCUCUCAGUGGCACGAGGCCUCUCCGGCACGUCCUUGGGUACUCACUUGUCUGGUCCACCCUCAGGCAGUCCUCAGCCGCCUCCGUCACCAGCUUUUGUAGGCUCUGAUGGUGCUCUCUCGCUUUCUCACCCUUCAACUGUGGCUCCAUCACCCAGCUCAAGACGUUCUCUUACACCCCUGGACAAGACCCCUUCUCCUUCACAGAAUUCUACUCCCAUCCCAGGCAGCUCAACUUCAUCUUCAGCCUCUUCUUCACGAUCAAGGACUCCACUGUCUGUUGCUCAGCAGAAAUAUAAGAAGGGUGAUGUGGUAUGCACACCCAAUGGUAUCCGCAAGAAAUUCAACGGGAAGCAGUGGCGUCGCUUGUGUUCUAAGGACAGUUGCAUGAAAGAGUCUCAGCGUAGGGGUUACUGCUCACGACAUCUCUCCAUGCGCACUAAAGAGUUGGAAGGAGCCGGCGGAGAGAGGGAGCACAGGGGAGGAGGAGGGAGCAGCUCAGGGACUGCAACCCCUUCAGACCUGCGAGGUCGAGCCAGCAGCGAGUUUGACUGGGAAGAGACAUCUCGGGACAGCAGUGAGACCAGCAGUCGGGGAACUGAUUCACGACCACGUCUAGUUCUUCCAUCUCUGCUGCCACAGGAUUUUUCGCGCUUUGAUUUUGAUGAGUGUGAGGCUGCUACUAUGCUUGUGUCUUUGGGGAGCUCACGGUCAGGAACACCCUCAUUUUCACCUAUAUCAAACCAGUCACCCUUUUCUCCAGCCCCAUCUCCAUCUCCCUCUCCACUCUUCGGCUUCCGCCCUGCUAACUUCAGUCCUAUUACGACCUUGACUGUUCUGCCCCCUCGCCGCCACCAACACACCAGUGGCACUAGCACUGGCACUUCCAAACUUAACACCUCGGUGGUGGAGAAGGAGCGGGAGAGACUUGUGCCUGGCAUUGUACCGUCUUUCCAAACAAGUCUAACCUUCACUGUGCCUGUUAGUCCCAGCAAGCGUAAAUCAGAUGCCCCACCACCCCCACCUCCUGUUGUGCAAGACUGCACCAAAUCUGAACUGGAGCAGAGCAGAAUAGAUGCCUCAGUAGGAACCUCCUUUCGGGUACUUUCUCCUCAGACAACUACUUUCUCUCGCAGCCAAAGACCCCCAUCAUCCACAGCUUCUUCCUCACCGCCCUCUCCUUUGCCCUUAGAGACAAGCUCACAACAUGCACUCGCUCAACAGUCUUUGCGGGACUCUCCUGUAAUUGUACGAAACCCUGAGAUCCCUCUAGCAAAAUUUACAGAACGUCCACUGGCUAGAGUUGCAGAUGAGGAAGGAGCCAGCUCCAAAGAGAACAACCAAUCUGGUAGUCUGACUGGUGCGGGAUUACAGGUGCCUGUUCCAAUUAAUGCAGCUGCCUCCACCAAUGGGGCAGUCUUGCUGCACAACCCUUCAUCGACUCUUGUUCUGGUGUCUUCCAUCUCUUCCCUUCCAAACCCCAAUCCAACAGGCCUGACUACCCAAUCCAGCCCUGCCUUGGCCUGUAUAUCAGUGCCCAGCCCUACACCUGAGUCUGCUUCCUUUGGUUCAGGAGGUGGUGGAGGGCAGGAUAAGGGUGGAAUAACAACAUUACAGCAGCCAGUUCCGUGUCAUCCUGCCCCAACAGCUUUGUUACCACUUAUACUUCCAGCAGAGACCCUGCACCCUGUUCCAUGCAAAGACAUCAUUAUGGGACGACCAGGAACUGUGUGGACUAAUGUGGAGCCCAGAUCGGUUCCAGUGUUUCCUUGGCAUUCAUUGGUCCCUUUCCUGGCACCCACCCAAUCAGAUCCAUCGACUCAGCCUGGUGAAGGCCAGCAGCCUGUCAAUCAUUCGCAGGCUGGCACUCUGAAGAAAGAGUCGCAGGGCGGGUCGGUGCUGAAGGAGAUGGUGGAGGGAACGUCGAACCCCCCCUCGCGGCCCGCCAUCGACGACCUUCCCCCAGAGAGAGAGAGAGAGACGGAGAGAGAGAGACCUGACAGCGAAACGGAGAGUGACGUGGAUGAUCCGUUUCUUCCGGGUGUUCUCCCUGAUCCGCCGAUCUCAGCAUCUACAGGGAAACGGCGCUCUCAGUCCCUCAGCGCUCUGCCCAAAGACGACAAGAACAGCCCUGGCAAGAGGGAGAAGGAUCAUAUCCGGAGGCCGAUGAACGCGUUCAUGAUCUUCAGCAAGCGCCAUCGUGCCCUCGUUCACCAGAGGCACCCGAAUCAGGACAACCGGACCGUUAGCAAGAUUCUGGGAGAGUGGUGGUACGCUCUGGGACCCAAAGAGAAGCAGAAAUACCACGACCUUGCAUUCCAGGUGAAAGAGGCACACUUUAAGGCCCACCCAGACUGGAAGUGGUGUAAUAAGGACAGGAAGAAGUCGAGCAGCGAGGGCCGCAACAUGCCUGGGGGAAAGGACAUCAGAGAGAGAAGCAUGUCCGAGACGACAGAGCCUCCCUCUGUGUCUAUGGGCACUGAGCUCAAAGGGGUGGCGCCCAGCCUGGUGGGCGUGUCCGAGCGUGGUGGUGGGGAUGGGCAUGCACGCCCCCGGGCUUUUUCCCAGAGUGCAAUGCACAGUCUGGAGAGGAGUGAGAGAGGAAACCCACAGGUGCUAGCAGAGCUUGCACAGAUGUGUGGGGACGGGGGCCAGUUUUCGAGCCGCGGAGCUCUGUCUCAGGUCCAGAGGGGAGUGAGCGAAGACAUGACCAGCGAUGAGGAGCGCAUGGUCAUCUGUGAAGAGGAGGGGGACGACGAUGUCAUCGAGGACCCGUAUCCAGGCAGCUCUAUAGACCUGAAGUGUAAAGAGAAGGUGACGGACAGCGACAGUGAAAACGGAUCUGGAGAUGAAGGAGAGCGCAAGAGAGUCUUUGCGCCUGUGAUUUGUUCGUCCUCGUCGGGUCCGGGUCAGGGCCGCAGCGUGUCUCUGUCGUCCUACCCCUCUUCCCGACACUUCUCCGACGCGGCCUCCAAGAGGAAGCGAGGGAUGGAGGGAGGGGAGGGCGAGCGGAAGGACGCUGAAGGAGGGGCAUCUCACUCCUCGAUCCCUCUGUCUUCCUCUGGCCAGUCCAUAUUGGUCAGUUCAGGUGGCGGUGGCGGUGGUGGUGUGUCUUCAAUGCUGGGUCUGGGGGCAGUAAGGGUGGCGUCCACUGUGGUCACCAACGUGGUCCGUCCUGUCGUUAGCACGCCGGUGCCGAUCGCCAGCAAGUCACCUCACGAGAGGAAACCCGCCAUCCCCCAGGCGCAGCUUUUGAUUGGCUCUGGAGCAGCUGGAGGCGGGGCCGCAGGAGGGGGUGGGUACUAUUCCUCGUCUUCGCCCAGUCCCGUAUCUGCGGGGGGAACUAGUCAAGGGGGACUAGUUACGAAUCUAGUUUUGGGCAGUCCUUUCCAGGCUCCGCCCGCUGUACAGCUGAUCACGCCCCCUCCUCCUCCUCAAAACCCUGCUUCCCCCGCCAUGGCCACGGCCACUCAGAGUAACGGCCCCAUGCCUGUACCCCUGCUGCAGCCGCACAUUUUGCCCACUGCCUCGCUAGCGCCCCCCACAGGCCAAAAACCCAUCACGCAAGUGCAGUAUAUCCUCCCCACUCUCUCUGCCAACAACCCUAAAAGCCCCUCCCCUCAGCAACCCAGCCAGCCAACCAGUGUCUUCACCCUGCCCACAGCUCCGCCCACGCUGGCCAAUGGGAAGCAGUCAGGAUACGCCUCCAGCCCGGCAGUGGGCGUGGUCAGCCCAGGAGCUAGAGUGCAAACGCAGUCUCCAGUCUUACAGGGCAAGAUGCUGGUUCCCAUGGCAACAGUGAGGACUGCUCCUGCCCCUUCUCAGCAGUUUCCCCUGGUGGCCCCUCCUCUUCCUGUCCAGAAUGGAGCUCAGGCAGGAAGCAAAAUCAUCCAGAUAGCUCCAAUGCCCGUUGUCCAGUCCCAACUUCCUUCAGCUGGGAGUCCGUUCUCUGUAACCAUGGCAACAGCCACAGUGGUUGCCCCAGGCUCUACCCCCUCACAAGCUGUGCUGCUGCCUCCCCCACCCACGAGAAUCACAUACGUACAGUCCACUCCAGGAGGACCCUCUACUAUCCCACUAGUAUCCACAACGACAGGCUCCACCUCUCAAGCAGCUCCUCCCACACCUGGAUCAGCAUAUGUGCCAUCUCCCUUGGCGACCUUCACAGCAAUUGCCCAUCCAGGGCAGGCGUUAGUGCAGCCGCUUAUUGCAGGUCAGCCUCCUCUGUUAGCUCCAGCGCAGUCGCCCAACCCUCACCCCUCCAUCCCUGCCCCGGCCAUCACCGCCAUAUACCCCCCCACCACCGUCACCCUGGCCACCGGGGUGGUUUCAGCUGCAACAGUGCCACCUGGUGUGGUGUAUACGGUGUCCAGCCCCUCCAGCCUCUCUCCUCACAUCCUCCCCAAACACACUUCACCGACCUCCGCGACCUCUACGACCCUGGUGACCUCGGACAGGCAGGGUCACGGCCCGGCACACUCAGAGCGCCAGUUACAUCAGGACAGAGCGGCGGAGGGGCACAUGUAUACCCAGCCAGCGGACAGACAAACAGACAAGCUGCCUGUGGCUCAGGCAGACAGAUUGGCUCAGGCUGCCGGAAAAAGCUGCAGUAGCUCAACAGCUCCCCCGCCAGGCACGUCACUGACUCUGCAGCCAGGCAGCCCAGCCCAGCCCUCACAUACAGUAGGCGGUCCAGGCAUUUCUAAACUGCCCCCAGUCCCUACUAGACCGCCACAGAAGGUGAAGGCCACUGUAGCCAACAUCCCUGUGGGCUGUUACGAUGGAGGAGGGCGAGGGAAAGAGAGAGAGAAAGAGAGGGAGAAGGAGAAAGACAGGGAGCGGGAGAAGGAGAAGGAGAGUGGCAGCCUUUUCUCUUUUGAGCCGGAUAAAGCCGGAGAAACAGUCUCUCCUGCUGCAUCCUCAUUAGAGGAGGGUUCUUCAGAAGGUGAUGCCCACAGUGUGGGUGAGGCCGGAGCCACAAGCGGCCGCAGUAAGGAGGCUAAUGCUAAGGAGACCGAAUGGAAGGAUUCGGCUUCCUCUUCUCCAUUACCCCCAUCAGGAUCAGAUCCUACCCCGCCCCUCUCACAGCCAGACAAAGAUGCCCCGCCUCCCAAAAAGGUCAAGGCCCGCCCACCGCCCCUCAAACGGCCUUUUGACUCUGUUGACAAGGUCCUGUCGGAGGUGUAUUUUGAGGAGCGCUUCGCAGAGCUACCGGAAUUUCGUCCAGAGGAGGUGCUUCCUUCCCCAACCCUACAAAGCCUGGCCACCUCCCCACGGGCCAUUUUGGGCAGCUACCGCAGGAAGAGGAAGAACUCAACCGGUGAGAGAGAUUUGGAUUCGUCCACGGAGGACCCCAUCUCUCCGAAGAGGAAAAGCCGCCGCAGGUCCAGCUGCAGUUCGGAGCCAAACACACCCAAAAGUGCUGCUAAGUGUGAGGGGGACAUUUUCACCUUCGACAGGCCAGGUACAGAUGGAGAGGAUAUCUUGGGGGAGCUGGAGUUUGACAAGGUUCCGUAUUCGUCUCUGAGGAGGACGCUGGAUCAGAGGAGAGCUCUUGUCAUGCAGCUCUUCCAGGAGCACGGCUUCUUCCCCUCAGCCCAAGCGACCGCAGCGUUCCAGGCGCGGUACGUCGACAUCUUCCCCACGAAGGUGUGUUUGCAGCUAAAGAUCCGCGAGGUGCGGCAGAAGAUCAUGCAGACGGCCGCGCCGUCCGAAAGCAUCGGGGCUCCGGACUCCGCCUGUUUACCGGGACCUUCGGGGCCUGCGGGCAGUGAUGGAGGAGGAGGGGGCGGAGCUGAGUGCCCGGAGAAGGAGGCGGGGCAAGAGGAGGAGCAAACGAGCUGUGAGGAGGCCAGGAACGCGGGCGAUUCGCUGGACUCCACCAGAUGAGUUUCGACAGACAAGACAAAAGGGACAUUUUCCGUUUUUUGACCAGAAGCCUCCCCCCCAGCAUCUAUAUGAGACACAUCUACCGCUCUGAGCGGAGUCUGAAUGUGGAGCGGAUGUCCAGAGGGGGGAGACGAGCCCUGAUUUGGGCUUUUUAAACUGAAUUCCACAGUAUUUCAUGUUGUCAAAAGACAUUUCAGUGCAAGAUGACUCGCAAUAGGUCACGUUUUGCAUACAUAAACACGCGAACGCACACGUAUACGAACACACACCACUGUCCAUCGUCUUAAGUAUCUACACUUGAACUUAAAGCAUUAUUUGACUUGCUAAGGCUUCCUUUUUCGGACUCUGUGACUUGAGGACUUCGGGGGUGUCCUGUAAGACCGUGAAGGCUGCCGCGAAGGCGGGACUUAUGAGGGCAUGCGAUUUUCAGACUGAAUUGUUUUCAUUUUUUUUUAAACGUGGCAUAUAUGGAAGUAUCAUAUGGGCACAGAUUGUUUCUCCUAGGCUCAUGGUUUACCGCCAGUCAUUGCGAGGCCGGCCUCCAUUGGCUAGGUUUUAGAAAUGAUGAAGACCUAACGGACUAUAUAUUUUGCUAUUUGAUCAUUUUCUUCCUUCCACUUUUUUAAACCUGUUUUUUGGGAAGAGCAUUUGUCAAGGCACUGAUUAGCCUCAGCAAGGGACUAGCUUAGCACGUUAGCGCAGCCGUUAGCAAGCUCCUUCUUCCUAUGAUUGGCCGCGGCAAGGCUGGAGUCCCGAGCAGCCAUGAAGGAAGACGUUACUGGAAGGGAAGUCAGCGGGCACAUUUACGGCCACGUUCUUCUUUCUUUUUCUUUUCUCCUUUUCCAUAUAUAUUAAGAAGCAGCAUAUUUAAUUUUCUCUUUCCUUGCCAUUUUUUUUACUCGUCGUGAGACGGAGCAAGAGGUAGAGAGGAUGUUGGAAUAUAUUCUUAAGAAUUUACUAUAAGACAUUUAAUAACUUUUUAAAAAAGCAACAAAACUUGAUUUUUAAAUCUACAGGUCAUUACAUUAUUAUUAUUAUUAUUAUUAUUGAAUUACUGAAUUUCUCAUUACUGUUCUUAUUAAUACUAUUCUCGUGGAUCUAAUCUGUAUAACCUUACAUACUGUACUUUUUCUCGUCUUGCUUUCGAGGACUCCACUCCCAGCUCGUCCUCCGCAACGCACUUCCACUGCGACUCUUAACAUUUCCUUUUUUAUUUCCUACCCGAACCUUUAGAACCUGAAACGUGUUACUUUUUUUCCACGUACGAAAGUACAAAUAUCGCCAUGCUCACGUGUCGUCCAGCCGUCAUUUAGACCUACUUUUUAUCUUUUCCACUAACAUUCCUCCCCGUUUCCUCGUCCCUCACUUCCUCCCGUCGCUUUGUUGGUCUUUCUACACCUCAAUCACUUUCGGUUGAGCGGAGAGAGAGAGAGAGAGAGAGAGACAGAGAGAGAGAGCAGGAGGAGGAGGAGGAGGCCGGGCGUCCGUGGUGAUUUUUAUCGUGCGAGGCUUGUUCGUGUUGUACUUAGUUCCAGCGGAGACUCACGACUCCGCAUCAUAUUAAGGAGCAAAAACAAAAAAAAACGGAAAAAAAUAAAAAAAACAGAAGCAUUAUUAAAGGUUAAACGAUGCUAUUACAGGAACUGAACUUGUAAAACAAAAGGAAAAAAAUAAAUGAAUAUGAAUAUUAACAUCUUGUUUUUUUUUGUUUUUCUAAUUAUGUGAAAGGAUUUAUACAAAUAAGCUCUACAUUUGUAUCUAUUUCACUCAGUAUACGAAUAAAUAGAUGUUCAAA